AUGGAUGCCAUAAAGGCUAUUGCUGGGCUGGAUGCUCAGUAUUUGGAACUGUUAAUGGCGCAGAAUGGUGUUAUACUUCAAAGAGCAAUGAUCGUCAAUAGUAAAGUUGCCGCUCGAUAUUUAAAGAAGAAAAAUUGGAUUGACGGAUAUAUUACAGGAUUCGAUCGAAAGAAGAAUAAAUGGAGUAGAAAGGGGCAAAUAGAUGUUUGUUUAAAUGGCCUUGAUAAUUCUAAAGAUAUAAAGCAAGAAUUUUUAGAAGAAGUUAAAAAUCAACAUAAACAUGGAGGCGAAUCGGCAAUUGCGAUUUAUGGAAUAACCAAGAAUCCAAAAGAUGGUAAUUACAUGAUGGUUAUGGAGUAUGCAGAGCAGGGAAGUCUCAGAAAAUUGUUAGAUAGUUAUAGACCUAAAAUUAGAUGCGAAGUUCCUCAAUUAUUUUUGGAUCUGAUGAAUAAAUGCUUAGACGCGGAACCUCGAAACAGACCAACUGCUGAAGAAUUAGCUAAUACGUUGAAUAAUUUUUUUAGAGAUUUAAAAAAUAAAAGGACUGAAUUAUAUAAGCAAACACAUCCACAAGCUAUUUAUACAAGUCGAUUUUUAAAUCUUUCAAACCUCCCUAAACCAGCAAUCAAAAUGGAUUAUAAUAUACGUUCUAAUGAUCAUUAUGCAAACGACGUUAUUUUGACUGCAUUAGAAGACUUAGAGAAUAUGUUUUUUGUUGAAUCUUCAGAUUAUGAAGAAAGUAAUUCUAUAUCGGAUAAUGAUGAUAAUGAAGAAGUUCUUGAUAUUAGUGAUGAUAUUAAUUUAGAUAGAUUAAAUGAAUUUGAAUUUGUAGAAGCUUCUAACAAUUAUAUUGAAGAUAAAAUUUAUAAUAAUUUGAAAUUAAUAUGGUUUCUUGUAUGUCGAGUUGGAUUUGAAAGUUUGGAUAAAACCAUGUGGGAUAUGGUUAUUAAAGGUCAACUUAUGGCUUUUCAGAAAGAAGAUAACACAAAAAAAACCUCUAGUGAUAACAGAAAGUAUUUUCAUCUUAAUUAUUAUUAUAAUAAUGACAUUCAAAUUUGUUAUAAUACAUAUUUGGCUCUUGCAGGUGUUAGCCAUAAAUACUUAGAAAACAUUAAACAACAUUUACAAGACCAUGGUCUUGAAGAACAUAUACACAGUAAUACAGGUAGAGCUCCAAAAAACAUGAAUCGUAUUGAAGUAAAUUAUAAUGUAGCAUGUGAAGUAUUUAAGUUUUUAAAAAACUAUUCUGAUGUGUAUGGCCUGCCCUCACCUGAAUGA